AUGUUCUCGCAGCGGAGGAAGCUGUGGAUCAACAUGGCGGACAUGCGCCAGAGCAAGACUGAUCUGGCCGAUCAUCCACAAUUGGCUGCGAACGGCUGUUAUGUCAAUGCCAGCUUGUCUUGGCUAAACCAGGAUUUUUCAGACAUGACCGACGAGCAGCUUGAAAGCGUGACCAUCCUUUCGAGCAUUGAGGAGUGGAUGUCGUCCAACCGGAUGCGCUCCAAGGACGUAUUCCGCCGGCUGGAUACGGGGCUCAACGGGAGCAUCGACGUGGAUGAGAUGAUGGAGGGUAUCAGCAGGAUGUUUUUCGAAGUCCCCCCUACGCGGGAGCAGGUAGCGAAUGCGCUGCGGCUGGUCGACAGCGACGGCAACGGCGUCGUGGAGUACGUUGAGUUCGAUGCGGUCCUGGUCAUCGUGCGCGAACGCAAGGUGCAGCAGCGUCAGGGUUCGAACUUUUACAUGAAGAAAAAAGCCGACAUGUCCCCCGCAGAGCUGGCUGCGGAGCACUUCUUCGUGCCGAUGACGCGUGCGAUGGACACGCUCGGUUGGAACCCCGCUGCAUUCUUCAAACAGUUUGACAAGGAUGGUAGUGGCCAGCUGGGGGUGGACGAGCUCUUUCAGGCCGCCCAGACCCUCGGAAUCACCCUGCCAGAGCGGAACGUCUUCAAGAAAGGGCUCAUGCUGGUCGACCCGAACUUCGACGGCACCAUCGGGCUCAAGGAGCUCAAGCGCACUCUCGUCCUGGUGCGCCAGGCGCUUCGCAAGCAGGCCAAGGAGACAGUCGAGAGCGAGAACCCUUUCGUGUCCAACCGGACCCUGGGGGCCCCGGAGCGCGAGGAGGAGAAGGGCAAAACAACCACCAUAUUCGGGCUGAAGGCGUUCGUCGAGUGCCUGCUCAAGAUCGGCGUCGGGUACCUGAGCUUCCACGGGUCGGCGGAGCAGUCCCAGCUGCCGACCCACUCCAAGGUAAUCUGGCUGCUCGGCUACCUCGGCUCCAAGCUCGAGAGCCACAAAACCGGGACCGCUGCCCCGCGGAGCAGAUGGGCCCAGACCAAUCCACAUUCGGUCAAGAAGCAGGACUCGCUGUUCGAGAGGACUGCCAGCGGCCGACCACCCCUGGGCCCCAAGGACCCGGCCUCCUACGAGCUGGCACGACGCCCCAUGGGCAUCAACAGCGACAGGUGGUGCAAGGUCCAGCGCAGGAACUACCGCAGCCUGAGCAUUAUAAUGAAUGAGGCGGGCCCCAGGCUGCAGGCCGCGAUGAAGGAUGCAGUCAGGAGGAACGAGAACUUGAACCGCGGAGAGGACCCCGACGACGCCGGCGACGACUCCGACAGCUCCUCCGAGUCGUCCAGCGCAGAGCAGUCGGAGCCCCGCAGCCCGCUUGCGAGCCCCGGAGGCUCGCCCUCGCAGGCCGGGAGCGGCAGGCGGGAAGGCGUGAACGCCUUGGACAGGCUGCGCAGGGUGAUCAAGGACGACAAGUUCGCGUGGGCCCUGCCCCCCAUCAAGCGAGUCAUGCUCAAGGCCCCCCGCCUCUUCGACAGCGAGCCCGCGGCUCCCCCCACGCUCGCGGGCAAGUCGUUCGCGCGCCGCAGCAUCUGCGCCAAGUGCGGCGCGGUGCCGUACAAGGGCUGGGGGAAGGCGUCCUGCCAGGCUUGCGGGCUGGGGGAGGUGAUCCUCCUAGAGUGCAUGUCAACGCUGGAUCCAGACGAGUUGGACGAGUUGCCGGCCCUCGACCGCCUGCUGCCAACGAGUGCCUGA